AUGUUUAUCCUUGCUUUCCUCCCCGUGGUGAUCGCCUCAUAUAAAUACACCAAACAAGAAUAUUGCUCCAUAUAUGCCGUGGCGAACGAUUGUCGUCCGCCACCAGAUGAAUUCCUGCACAUCCCCGCAAGAGAUCUCGCCUCCGACGAAGCCAAGACUGGUAUCCUUGAAGAUGCCUUCUCCGCGCUCGCCGUGCUGCAGAAUGAAUACUACCAAAUCGGACGAAAUACAUGGCCAUCGGCGAUAGACUGGACCGCCGCCGUCACUGAGACCGUCGUUUCCGGCAUGCUGUCAACCCUCACCAAGUCGAUAAACUUGAUCGUCCCAGGCAUUACGCCCAGUAUUCGAGAAGCGCAGGAAAACCUCAUCUCGUCAGUGUACGACCAAGUCAUUGGCUAUCACUUUGCGCAGGAUAUAGUUGCCAUUCGAGACCAGGCCUUUGAUGACAUAUUAUGGGUGGUGCUUGGCUGGAUAGAGGCCGUGAAUUUUGCUCGAUCGCAUGACGGCAUCCGCUUCCCCGAAGCCGAGCACAGCCCCAAUGCUAGUUUCCCUACUGACGUCCAUGCCGCUUUGGCAUUGCUGCCGUGGCGCGGCCAUCUCUGGAUUCCGUCCUUCCAGAGCCGGGCGAAAAGCUUCUGGCUUCUUGGGGCUCAGGGCUGGGACACGGCAUUGUGCCACGGCGGCAUGGUCUGGAACCCCCGUCUGGAGCCUUACAAGAACGCCAUCACGAAUGAGCUGUACAUUUCAGCCUCUAUUUCCAUGUAUCAGUACAUGAGCAACGGAAGUGUCGCCGAUAAGGACCCGCUACAUCUUCAAGCGGCGAUUGAGGGCUACAAAUGGCUCGUAAACAGCAACAUGAUGAAUCGCGAAGGCCUGUAUGCUGAUGGGUUUCACAUUGGCCGACGAAAGCAUGGGGGAGUGGAGUGCAACAUUCGCGAUGAAAUGGUGUACACUUACAACCAGGGCGUGCUGCUCACUGGUCAACGAGGGCUGUGGGAUGUGACCGGGAGCCCCUCGUACCUAGAAGACGGCCAUAAUCUUAUCCAGGCCGUCAUCAAGGCCACCGGCUGGAGCUUGAAGACGAACCGGCCAAUAGACUCGGUGGAUGUAUCUGCAAAGCUGCCCAAAUGGAGAGGUCUUGGUCGGGGUGGUAUCUUAGAGGAGAAGUGUGAUGCAGGUGGAACAUGCUCUCAGGAUGGCCAGACAUUCAAGGGCAUAUACUUUCACCAUCUGACUGCAUUCUGUCGGCCCUUGGACGAGGAUAACCUCAACGAUGGCGAUUACGUCGACAUGGAUGGUUUCACUCGAGUCAAAGCAGCCCACAAAUCGGCCUGCCAGGCGUAUCUGGGUUGGAUUAAGCAUAACGCUUUGGCAGCGCUGACAUCUCGAGACAGUCGAGGACGCUUUGGCAUGUGGUGGGGGUCAGCACUUUUCGGCAACAUUCACGUAUCCCGGGUAAGCGACGGAAUCGACCAUGAUGCUGUAAAUGCCACCGACUAUCGUAAAGACGGAACCCCAAAUGACGACCUCUGGGGGCGGGAUUCAAGAUGGCUGCCAGGAUCUCGGAAGAGAGGGCUGGACAAACAAGUUACGCCAGAGGACUACAAGAAGAUGGACAUCGACCCCAACGAUCGCGGCAGAGGACGCACAGUGGAAACACAGGUAGGAGGCGUCGCUGUGCUUCGCGCCUAUUGGGACAUCUCGCAGUCACUAUCGUCAGGAGAUUCAUUGUGGCUGAGACCCUAG